AGUAGUGGUGUUCAUAUAUAUAUUUGGAUAAAGUUUUGACUUGUAAUUAUAUUUAAUUUAAUUUUUGAUAAUUUAUAAAUAAUAUAUUUGACCUAUUCUUUUUUUACUCAAGCGGAUUAAAUAUAUUAAAAUGAGCUAAGUUUUUUUGUGUGAAUAUUAUAAAUAUUCGAAACUAGAAUUAUAUUACUAAUUGUUAUGGAUUAAGUUUAAUUAAAAGUAAGAUUUGGAGUUAAUAAAUUAGCCCAAAACUUGUUAUAAACUACAAUAAAUUUUGGAAAUUAAAGUUUUAAUAUUGAGAAAUCUUAAGGCUAUAAGAACUAGAGUGGAAUACUACUAAAUUUUAUAUAGUUUACCUGAAAUAACGAAGGAAAUAGAGAAUGGUUAGUUGUUAGACACUGCUAGUAGUUCACAGUAUUUCGAUCUUGGAAAAGUGAUGAUGCACCUCCCCAUCGCCUAGAUUAGAGGCUGACUACAAUGGAUUGCCAAGUGUAAUUUUUUCACAGAGAAGAUUGUUACGCAUACGCUUUUUCUUGGUUCGGAAAGAGUAAAAUGGAGAAAGCAAGCAACAGGCAACGUGUUCUUCUCGGUCACCUCCGUUCUUCUUCUUCUUAUAACAAUCAUGAAUCCUCUCUUUCUGCAUCUGCUUGUUUAGCUGGAGGUAGCGCGGCAUGUGGAGAUGAUGUCGUUGUUGUGGCGGCUUAUCGAACUCCGCUAUGCAAAUCAAAGCGUGGUGGUUUCAAGGAUACUCAUGCUGAUGAUUUACUAGCACCUGUGUUGAAGGCAUUGAUAGAGAAAACUAAUUUAGAUGCAAGAGAAGUUGGGGAUAUUGUUGUGGGUUCGUCAUUGGCACCAGGGUCUCAAAGAGCAAGCGAAUGCAGGAUGGCUGCGCUCUAUGCUGGUUUCCCUGAAACUGUGCCGAUAAGGACUGUCAAUAGGAAAUGUUCGUCUGGGCUUCAGGCAGUUGCUGAUGUGGCUGCUUCUAUCAAAGCAGGGUUCUAUGAAAUUGGCAUUGGAGCUGGUUUGGAAUCCAUGACAGUUAAUUCAAGGGCAUGGGUUGGAGAUGUGAACCCAAAGGUAAAGCGCUUUCAGGAAGCCCAAGAUUGCCUUCUACCCAUGGGUGUUACUUCAGAGAAUGUUGCACAUCGUUUCGGUGUGACAAGGCAGGAGCAGGAUCAGGCUGCAGUUGAUUCUCACAGGAAGGCCGCCGCCGCUUCUGCUUCUGGCAGAUUCAAGGAUGAAAUCAUCCCUGUCGCUACAAAGAUAGCUGACCCUAAAACUGGGGAUGAGAAGCCCAUAAUAGUUUCUGUUGAUGAUGGGAUUCGCCCAAACACAUCAUUAGCAGAUCUGGGAAAACUGAAGGCCGUGUUUAAGAAAGAUGGGACCACCACUGCUGGGAAUUCUAGCCAAAUCAGUGAUGGUGCUGCGGCUGUGUUGCUCAUGAAAAGAAGUGUUGCUAUGCGCAAAGGGUUACCCAUCCUUGGUGUAUUCAGAACAUUUGUUGUUGUUGGUGUGGAUCCUGCCAUCAUGGGUGUGGGCCCAGCUGUUGCAAUCCCCGCUGCAGUGAAGGCUGCUGGUCUAGAACUUGAGGAUAUUGAUCUUUUUGAGAUAAAUGAGGCAUUUGCUUCCCAGUUUGUAUAUUGUUGUAAGAAGCUGGAGCUUGAUCUGCAGAAGAUCAAUGUCAAUGGGGGUGCAAUAGCAAUUGGACAUCCUCUGGGUACAACAGGUGCUAGAUGUGUGGCUACUAUACUGCAUGAGAUGAAGCGCCGUGGUAGGGACUGUCGCUUCGGAGUGGUUUCAAUGUGCAUAGGCACAGGAAUGGGAGCUGCUGCUGUUUUUGAAAGGGGGGAUGGUUGUGAUGAGCUCUGCAAUGCUCGGAAAGUCGAAAGCAACAAUCUCUUAUCCAAGGAUUCAAGAUAGUUGUAUUUGAUGGGCACAUCGCAGAAGCUUCCAAUAAAUGCAGUUUAGAGUUAUUUUAUUAUUCAUAAUAAUAAAGUGUAACAAGGUCUAUCUCGUCGUCCAUUAUUACAGUGACGCAAAUUCUCUUCCUUAUCAAACGUACCUUAGAAUGUCAAGAGAUUUACUAACGCGGUUUGGAACAGAUGUGCACGCAUAUACCUUAUCUUAGAGAUGUUUGAACUUGCAAGAAGUGCCCAAAUUCCUUGGACCAGCCACAGAAACGAUAAACGCACGCCUUGGAUUACUACUUACUAGCCAGGGUCACACCGUCCCAGGUUCCUCAUCAUGUAUUUGCAGUGGCAAAAGAAUUGCAGGAGCCGGCGUGUUGCGCUUCAGGGUGUUUACAUCUCAGCGAAUUCUGAGACGAUAUUCUGCUGACUCCCAGGCUCAGGAAACUGUAGGGUGGGAAAGCAAAAGCAUGCCUGCCAACCUUUGCUUUUAAGCCCUCGCAGUGGCAUUAUUUUUUCUACUCAACGGCCGGUUCAACGAGCUAUGAGCUUUUUUUAAUGAGGUACUUUGCACUAUCAAUUUGUACCAUUGAGGCCUCUCAUCUUGGAAAUUUCCUAUGUCAGCCCUUGGUACUUUUAGUUCAGAGAACUAACAUCUUUAGUCCGUUGAUCCCUAAUGGUGCUAGUUGGCUGUUUGCUUUGGAUAUUCUUUGAAAUAUGCUAUAGUCGUAAAAAAAACUCCCUGGGACA